AGAAGAUAAGGUGGUGGCCAUGCCGCGCGCUCACCUCGCAGUAACCAUGCCGCUGCUAGCUCCAGCAGCUAAAACCCUGUUCCCCUCCCGGCUCCCGCCUUCGCCUCGCCUCCACCUCCGCCGCGCCACCGCCACCGCUGCCGGCGGGAGGGGCGACGGUGCGGCGGCAGUGUCGGCGGCGUCCGGCACGUCGGCCAGGGACCGGCGGCUGGCCAGGGUGCGGGAGGAGCGGCGCCGCCGCGAGUACGACCGCGAGCACACCUACCCCGGCUGGGCCAGGGUCCUGGAGAACGCCUGCAGGGACGACGAGGAGAUGCGCGCCAUCCUCGGCGACAGCAUCGGGAACCCGGAGCUCAUGAAGCAGAGGAUACAAGAGAGGGUGCGUGCCAAAGGCAGGGAGGGGUUCAACAGACCCAAGACGGGCUCCGUCGCUGCGUUCAAAGUCAGCUUCCGAGACUUCAACCCGUUAAAUGCUUUCAUCUGGUUUGAACUCUUUGGAGAACCAACUGAUCGAGAUGUUGACCUUCUUGGCGGUGUUAUUCAGGCUUGGUAUGUCAUGGGAAGGCUAGGAGCUUUCAACUCUUCAAAUUUGCAGCUGGCCAACUCAAUGCUGGACUUUGACCCUUCGUACGAUUCUGAGGAAGCUUCUGCUGUAAUGCCUUCAUCUUUCCACGAUAUCAGUGAUGUCGAGUUUCAAGACAGUUGGGGCAGAGUGUGGGUGGACCUUGGGACUUCAGAUCAUCUUGGAUUGGAUGUACUACUGAACUGUCUUACACAAUUAAGCUCAGAACAUUUGGGCAUCAAACAGGUUGUUUUUGGUGGCAGAAAAUUGGGCGACUGGGAGGAAGGCAUGACGAGCUCCGACUAUGGAUACAAGCACUUCAAAAUAUAGGAAUCAACAAGUGGUAUGCGGCUCGAAGCCUCUGAGGGACCACGCAGCCCCCAAUAGUUCAGAUAAAUUUUGUUUAGGAAUGAGUUAGGAGUAGUCCCAACUUCCAGGACCGGCUGGAUUUGGAUUGCGCGCUCAUGUAUGUAUGUAAAUAAUUUCCAAAGGCUGGUGUCCUUGCUCCGGCAAGAUGCAUUUGGGAAGGUGGAUGAGAGAUUCACAUAUUUGGAGUUGAAGGUUGCAUCCUUUGCUAGUGAUGUCAAAGUCAGUCCAGUAAAUGCUGAGUGAUGAUGAGAGCGAUGCUUCAGUGCCUCCUGCACACAUUGAGUUCCCCCUCAGUGUUCCGGAAUCUUAGCCUAGUGGGAUGUUAGCUCUUCUUUUUUAUCUCAAAGGGGGGAAUUUUAGACUAGACGGCUUCAUGGUUAUUUUGAGUUUGGUGGUAGAAUCUAUGGCUAGACAACAUUUUCAUGUGGUUGGGACUUCAAUUUUGAAUGUGUUUUCUACUCCUGUGAAUGAACCAAUAUUUGGGGAAUUGAGUUUCUAUGAAACUCGUGUUUUCC